UGGGAGAGGCUGGCACCACGGACACGCUGGCAGGUAGGCUGCCAAAGCAGUGACAGCGCAAGAAACCUGCCUUAUUUUGCAAAGCUUUUGUAUCGGUGGCUGUGGGAAAGUUUUGCAAUCGCCAUAAGAAGGAAAUCCAAGGUUUAAAAAAAACCCAUGUGUUGAAGUGCUCCACUUCUCGGAGUAGGCAGAGCUUUUGCCGUGACGUUGUGCUGGCUCCAAGCCUGGAAGCCCUCGGGCACGGGAAAGAAACAGCCUACAUUGCACUGACACAAAAGUCAGAUGUUUCACAAAGUUAAUCAUCAGCAACAUACAAAUCAAUAAAGAAUGUAUUUGCUUUAGAAAACUCUGUCUUUCAACUCCUAUCCUAUAAAGACUGGGGAAGACCUACAUAUCAGACCUGGAGGAGGAAAACCAUGGACAGACCAAUCUCUGCUGGCCAACUUAAAGAAAAGUCACUCUUCCAGGACAGUGAUGGCAGCGUGGUCCCUGCCAAAACCCUGUGCCAUAAUUGUUCACAGCUAAAGAUAUUUCUUGGAGCUCUAGCUUUUUCCUUUUUUGCCAAAGGAUUUUCUGGAAGCUACAUGAAGAGCAUGUCCAGUCAAAUUGAAAGGAGAUUUGAAAUCUCAUCAUCAAUUGUUGGAAUUAUCGAUGGCAGCUUUGAGAUAGGUAACUUAAUGGUGAUGGUGUUGGUGAGCUAUCUUGGACCAAGAGUUCAUCGACCCAAAAUAAUUGCUGUUGGGUGUCUCGUCAUGUCCUUAGGAGCAUUUUUGUCAGUGAUGCCUCAGUUCCUAAUGGGACGUUACAAUUAUGAGAGGAUAACUGUUAGUGUGGACAACUCCACCACGAGUGUAUCAGCUUGUUCCCCAGCAUCCUCUGAGGGCCACCCAGUCACAGAUGCUAUGGAAACACCCAGCACAAUGGAAAAUGUUGAAUGUGAGAAAACAACAAAUUCCUAUCUGUGGCUCUUUGUGUUGAUGGGGAACCUUUUACGUGGAAUUGGGGAAGCACCAAUUAUGCCGUUGGGAGUUUCAUAUCUUGAUGAUUUUUCUAAGGAAGAAAACUCAGCGUUUUACAUAGGCCUGGUGAGAUCCUCGGGCAUGUUUGGGCCGACCCUGGGCUUCCUGCUUGGCUCUUUCUGUGCCAGCCUCUGGGUUGACAUUGGUGUUGUGGAUACUGAUGCCAUCAGCAUAAAUCCUAAGGAUACCCGUUGGGUUGGUGCCUGGUGGCUUGGAUUGCUUAUCUGUGGAUCAGUCAACUUCAUUGCUUCAUUGCCUUUCUGGUUUUUGCCUUACUCUGUACCAAAAGAAGGAGAGAAUCAAACCCAGAAGAUUAGUAAUUUAUCUGUCCAAGGAGAUCACUGUAAAAUAGACUCCCCAGCUCAGCCACAGUUAAAGUUCUCAGAGGCAGCAAAAGAUUUCUUGCCAGCUCUGAGGAAACUGUUUGGAAAUUCAAUUUUCCUGGUGUACAUCUUCCUUACUAUUCUGCAGUACAAUGCUCUUGUUGGGAUUAUAACCUACGAGACAAAGUUUAUGGAGCAACAAUUUAAUGUGUCUGUGGCAAGAGCCAUCUUUCUAAUUGGUGUGAUACUUUUACCCAUCACGAUCCUGGGGAUGUUUCUAGGGGGCUUUCUGAUCAAGAAAUUCAAACUUCACAUAACAGAAAUGGCGAAGUUCGCCUGCACCACCUUUGUAGCGGCGUAUUUGUUAAACCUCCUGUACUUCACGUGCAGCUGUGAGGUGCUCCAGGUGGCUGGUUUGACAACCCCCUACUCUGGAAUAGAGCAUCUUUCCUCCACCAAGAACAUCUACAUGGCCAGCUGUAAUGCUGACUGCAGCUGCAACCUGGAUCAGUGGGACCCUGUAUGUGGGGAUGAUGGGAUCACAUACAUGACAGCCUGCUUUGCAGGAUGUAAAUCAUCAACUGGGACAGGAAAGAAUAUGGUGUUUCACAAUUGCAGCUGUGUGGAAGGACAAGGGCACGGGCUUGGCAAUUCCUCUGCAGUGUUGGGACAAUGCCAAAGAGAAAGCUGUACCAAAGCCUUUCCCUAUUUUUUAGCAUUACAGACUGCAUGUGCAUUUAUGUUAGCCUUAGGAGGCACUCCUACAUACAUGAUUAUGUUUAGAUCUGUUUCACCAGACCUGAAAUCCUUUGCUGUUGGGAUUGAAACUUUGGGUGGUAGAGUACUAGGAGGACUCCCAGCCCCUAUUUAUUUUGGUGCCUUGAUAGAUGAGACCUGCUUGAAAUGGGGGACAAAAAGUUGUGGGGGAUCUGGAUCUUGCCGGGUAUAUGACACAAAAGAAUUCAGAAAUGUCUAUCUUGGCCUCAUUGCAGGACUACGGGCAGGAUGCUGUGUCUUGUACAUAGUGCUCUCUGUUUUAAUAAUGAAACGCUUCAAACGGGAAGGCAAAGAAGUGACAGAUAUUAAAAAUACAGAGAGAUCAACCAGCAAAGAACUAGAUACUGCCAACAAAAAGGACAUUCUUCCUGGUGCAAGAACCUCAGAGGAGAGUGAGGAAACUUGUAUGUAAAAAAGAAACAAGAUCUUUUCUCCCUAUGCUUCAAAAGAACAAAAGGAGUCUGACUACUGACUCAAACAGCUAGUUUACAUUUUGGGAGUUCAAAAAAUAUCUUUGAAACAUUGACUUUUUAUUUGCUUUACCCUGUCCUCUUCCUUUCCUCAUCUGAAUCAACAAUAAGGGGAAAAAAUGUUCAAAAUUUUGGUGAACUCUCCCCUCCUCUUGCUCUCAUCCCUUUCCAGACCAACAGUAAGACAAACCAAAAUUUUGCAAGUGUCAUGAAUUUGAUUAUGAUUGAAAAAUUAGAAAGAAGAAAUCCACAAUAAGUUCUUUUGACAUUUUUCACCGACUUGCUCUGUAGUUCUACAGCUCUAAAUGGCCAAUAAAAUCUCACUUGCCCAGUUGCUCUGACGGCCUUUGCUGCGGGGUUUGUGACCAGAGCUAGUUGUUCCAGGCUGGAUACCAUGUCCCACAGUCAGGUGGGAGUCCCAGGGCUGUCACUGAGCACCCUCUGAACUCAAAUUACUCAACAACUCCAGGGUUUGACUUGAAAAUGUUAAACAGUCAAAAAUGGGAAGCAAAUGAAGAACGUGGUGAAUUAAUUUUGCAGCACAUCUCAGUAAUGAGUUUAAGCAAAAUUACUCUGAACUGAUGCAAUAAAGUGAUAGGUGUUUAAGUUUCUUUGAUUA